ACCGCCCGGCCUGGGGGUCCAGCACAGCCUGGGGGCUCCAGAGAGCUGGGGGCUCUGCGAGCCUCCUGUGGCUGCCAGGAACCUGCUGGGGCUAUCAGGACAACUUGGGGGCCUCUGGGAGCCUCCUGUGGCUACCAGGAGAGCCUGGGGGCUCCAUCACAGCUUGGGGGCUUCUGGGAGCCUCCUGGGGCUGCCAGGAACCUCCUGUGGCUACCAGGACAACCUGGGGGCUUUGGGGAGUCUCAUGUGGCUACCAGCACAGCUUGGGGGACUCCAGGAUCCUCUUGGGGCUACCAGGAACCUCCUGUGGCUACCAAGAGCCUCCUGGGGCUGCCAGGAACCUGCUGGGGCUACCAGGAGAGCCUGGGGGCUCCAGCACAGCUCAGGGUCUCUGGGAGUCUCCUGGGGCUACCAGGAACCUGCUGUGGCUACCAGCACAGCUCAGGGGCCUCUGGGAACCUCCUGUGGCUACCAGCACAGCCUGGGAGCCUUCAGCAUGGCCCAGGGACCUCCAGGAACCUCCUGUGGCUACCAGAACCAUCCAACAUCCUCCAGGACAGUCCAGAAACUUCUUGUGGCUACCAGGGUCACGCCCUGGCCUCCAGGACACUCUGGGGGCCACCAGGAGCCACCCAUGACCUCCAUGACAUUUCAGUGUCCCCAGGACAUCUUCACAUCCCUCAGGACCUUCCCAAGUCCUCCAGGACCCCCAAGUUCUCCAGAACUUUCCCAGUGGCCCCCAGGACCUUCUCAAGUCCUCCAGGACCCUCCCAAUGUCCCCUUCACAUCCUCCAGGACCUUUCCAAGUCCUCCAAGACCUUCCCAGUGUCCCCUUCACAUCCUCCAGGACCCUCCCACUGUCCUGCAGGAUCCCCCAAGGUGUCCAGAACUUUCCCAGUGGCCCCGAGGACCUUCCCAAGUUCUCCAGGACAUUUCAGUGUCCCCCAGGAUCGUCCCAAAUUCUCCAGGACCCUCCCAGUGUCCCCCAGGUCCCCUUCACAUCUUCCAGGACCUUCCCAAGUCCUCCAAGACCCUCCCAGUGUCCCCCAGAACCCCCCAGUGUCUCCAGGACCUUUUCAAGUUCUCCAGAACUUUCCCAGUGUCCCCCAGGUUCUCCAGACCCUCCCAGUGUCCCCUUGUCCCUCCCCAGUUGGGUUUGGGAUCCCUGUGGGAUGUCCUGGCCCAAAGCCAAUAAACCCAAAAACAUUU